AUGAAUUUCUCGCUCCCGUCCACCAAGAACAAGCCUUCUUCAACAACCUCCAUUUCCAUUCAGCUCGGAUCUAAAAAACAACAAGCAUCCAAUUUUAAUGAAAAAAAGGCUUCGGACACUAACAAGGAUCAAAAAAUUGAAUCACUCUUUUCGGAGCAAGAUGAAGAAGAGGAAAUAACUCCAUCGUCCAAAUCUUCUUUAAAACAACAUCAAUCAAAAAGUAAAUCAUCCUCUGCAAUGACUCAAUCAUUGCUCUAUCAAAAAAUACAACAUGAAAAGAAAUUAAAAUCCACAGUAGAGACUUCACAAUUCACUUCCCUUCAAGAUAUUGAUCAGUGGGAAUUAGAUCAUGAACAGAUGCAUCAGUUGGAAGAGGAUCAAAAGUCGAAUGAAUUACUCAUUGAAAAUGCAUUUGAAAAUAUGAAAAAUGUCAUUUCAAAAACAUUUACACAAAAAUUAUCUGAGAAUGACUCAAAACCACAAGAGUCUAAAUAUAUUGCAAAUUUAGUGAAAUUAGCUGAGGAAAGAAAGAAGGAAAAAGAACUAGCACAAAUACGAAGAAUGCAAAAAGAGGCAUCCUCCACGAAUCACACAAGUAACGCAGUGUUUGUAACAGAGGAAUAUAAACAAAAACUCAAAGAGCAAGAACGAUGGGUUGAGGAACAGUCAAGACAAAAAGAAGAAGAAUCUAAAAAAGAUGUCACAAAAAUUGGAAUGGGUAAUUUUUAUAAGAGUUUAUUAACAAGGAAUGACAAUGUAAAUAUCAAGGACAGUAGUACUAGUCCUUCUACUGAAAGAAAAGAGUAUGAAGAAAUCUCUAUUAGUAGUGCUUCAACAAGUAAUGAUGAAAUUGCUAACAGACAGCACACCGAACUGAAGAGAGGAAUGAAAAGAAAACAACAAGCUACCUCGAAUGAUGAAAUCCCUAAAAGUACUGCUACUACUACCACUGUAGUAACAAACUUGGAAAUGAAUGAUCUCUCCGUUGAACAAAAGAACAACCACAACCAAAAAUUGUAA